AUGUCAUCUUGGAAUGUCGCUUUUCUCCAACCGACUGGCGCCCAUGAUUCAAUCAAGCGGGCGUUGAUUGUUUUGAAUCAGCCCUUCUCUUUGACACUUCUGCGUCGUCUCUGGACAUCAUCACACUGGCGUUGCUGUGCGGACGGAGGAGCCAACAGACUGUAUGACACCGUUGAAAACAAGGAAUCAUAUCUGCCGGACCUCGUAACGGGAGAUUUCGACUCCAUACGAACUGAAGUCCGUGCUUAUUACACGUCCAAAGGAAUAUCUGUCAUUCAUAGUAGCGACCAAGACUCCACUGAUCUCAUGAAGUCUAUGCAAGCCCUGUCUUCUCUCCAAGUUCCUGAUGAAGAGGUGACUUUCCUGACAGAACCUGUCCAGCCAUGGGAAGUUAUAAUUCUUGGCGGGCUUGCUGGACGUUUGGAUCAGACAAUACACACCUUAUCCUACCUCCACAAGCUUCGCAAGGACCUUUCUAAACGAGUAUUUGCCGUAACAGAUGAUAAUGUUGGAUGGGUUCUCAACAGCGGAGAGCAUUCUAUUAGGAUUAACCACUCUGUUCUCGGAAAGACAUGUGGUUUACUUCCAGUAGGCGUAGACUCAACGAUAAUUUCCACGACGGGAUUGCAGUGGAAUCUCACGGAGACCGUGUCCUCCUUUGAUGGCAUGGUAUCCACGUCGAACCACCUUGUUCCAUUCUCAGACACAGUCUGGAUCAAGACCACUAAGCCCAUAUGGUGGACGAUGGAGCUACACGCAGAAAUCACUGUCUUGUACUUUGCCGGGGCUUCAACAGCAACGGGAAUGGCCGAGGAGGCCGUACCAAUUCCGAUAAACGGUCUCUCGUUGUCGAACCUACGCGAUCUGCUGAUUUCCAGGCAUCCCAACACUGGUUUGGACAAGAUUUUAGAAACAUGCCAGUGGAGCGUUAAUGAGGAAAUGGUUGAUCAUCCAUUGUCUUGCGAGCUAACAGAGGGUGCUGAGGUCGCUGUCAUUUGUCCGGUUUCUGGUGGUUGA